AUUAAUUGUCCUAGUUAACCUGCUAGCGUCAAGAUCCUUCAAGAUGAGCUACAUCGCCCGCCGCGGUCUUUCGACCCUGAUCCCUCCCAAGAUCGCUUCCCCUAACGCGAUCGGUGCUGCCAAGGAUGCUGCCCGCAUGGACCGUGUUGUGAACUUCUACGCCAGACUUCCUCGCGGUCCCGCCCCUGAGGUGAAGGCCACUGGCCUCAUUGGACGCUACCAGGCUCGCUACUUCACCGGAAAGAACCAGUCUGCUACUCCCUUCAUCCACGCCAUUGCCGGUAUCCUUCUCCUCGGCUACAGCAUGGAGUAUUACUUCCACCUCCGUCACCACAAGAACCACCCCCACUAAACGACUGGUCUUUGAUUUACCGGACGGGCGAGGAUCUGUGUAUAUACCACACCCUCUACAAUGAAGACAAUGUAGAACAUCACCUGGAUCAUUGUACCAUCUUUCAAUUGAGAAUCGUUUCUAGCAACAUGUCCUACCCCUGCGUUCUAACAAAUUGUACCACCCCACUGUUUGCAGUCUUUGAAGUUUUCCGGGCAGACAGCUUAGGUCCUCUGCUUGAUAGACAUUAAACAGGUUGACGAGGAGUCCUAUGCUAUGUGACACAGUGUGC